UUAAAUAUCCAAACCCUAAGGUGAACCUAAAUACCACGUCCGCCGCACAUUCUCCCUCAAAGUCUCAACGGCUGCCUCUUAAAUCUGCUCCGAGAUCCACUUCUCUAAUUUAUAAGAAUUCACAUUAUCGUGGCUCCAAUCACUCACAUUCUCCCUCCUCCGCCUCACUCCUACAGCCUUCCGCCGCCGCAUGUAUGUGACUAAUUUUGUGCAUCGGUCGGGAUUCUGUGGUUGCCGGCUGCGGCUGUGUGUCUGUGUGAUUUGCAACGGGUUUCUGAGUAAAAAUGGCGGAUCAUGUCAGAGAGCCGAUACGAUCAGCAUCCGAAAAAAUUACAACAGAAUUUCAAACCCUAGUAGAUUCUCAGGAUUUGGAUUCUAUCAAGCAAUCACAGAACCUCAUAUUGGGAAGAUUGCAGGAUAGUAGUGCAGUACUAUCCCACUUUAAUGAUUAUUCAGAGAAUUGCUUUGCGGAUGUGUCUGCGGAUUUUUCGAAAAAUACACGCCUCUUGCGAACCAUGAAAUCUGACCUUGAUUACAUCUUUCAAAAGCUCAGGAGCAUGAAGGGAAAGAUUCUGGCGACCUAUCCCGAUGCUUUUCCUGACAAUUCGACAAUUGAGGCACUUGAUCAAAGACCAGACCUCGAGUUGGCCAAGUGAUUGUAUAUGUUUAACUUUCGUGUAUUAUAAUAUGGCUCUAUGUUUCGAGUUUGUCAAACUAUUUUUAUUACUUUAUGAUGCAAGCAAUUAUCUUGUUUUGAAUGUGUAGAAUAUAAAUGUGGGGAUUUGGUAGUUGUAAGUUUGACCAUUGAAAUGGUUGUGAUUGAAUCAAGAUUUGAACAUUGUAUAUCGAAACCAGAGUUACAGUAUUGUUUCAACUGUAUAGGAUGUGAUUUGGUUGUGAA